CUUUUUGCUUUAACUUCCCAUUAUCCCCUCAACAUUUAACCACUCUGACUUGACUUUCAAUUGCUAUUUCGUUUCUAUUUAUACACACAAAACUUUCAUACUAAUAUUGUUGAUUGAUCAUCUGUCUGCUUUCCCUCUCACCAACAAUGACAACCAUCCACUGCAGAUUCUUCCUCGUCGUCUCCUCCCUCUUGUUAGGUUUUUCAACUAAGACAGCUUCAGCAACCGUGUUCAAUCUCCACAACAACUGUCCUUACACAGUCUGGCCUGGUUCAUUAACAGCAAACGGAGAACCACUCCUCCUACAAUCAAACUCCAUACUCCCACCCGGAGACUCAAUCACACUGAAUCCACCAGCAGGUUGGUCAGGCCGAUUCUGGGCCCGAACAGGCUGCAACUUUAACACAAACGGUCAAGGAAACUGCUCGACAGGCGACUGUGGCGGGCUAAGUUGCACAGGAGGUGGACUCCCUCCAGUCUCACUCGUAGAAUUCACUUUAAACGGCGCCGGCAGAAUGGACUUCUAUGACGUAAGCUUAGUAGACGGUUACAAUGUCGGGAUUGGUGUAAAGCCCAUAAAUGGUGGAACGGGUAAUUGUGAGUAUGCUGGAUGCGUGGAGGAUCUAAACGGGUCAUGCCCACCCGAACUACAAGUGAUAGACCCGGCCCAAGAAGGUGUAGUAGUGGCGUGUAAGAGUGCAUGCGCUGCGUUUAAUAGACCAGAGUAUUGUUGUUCCGAGGAUCAUGCAACACCUGAAACGUGCUCACCAACGGAGUAUUCGGAGUUGUUUAAGAAUGCGUGUCCAAGUGCGUAUAGUUAUGCAUAUGAUGAUGCUUCCAGCACUUGUACUUGUGUUGGCUCUGAUUAUCUCAUCACUUUCUGCCCUUCAGCUGUGUGAUUUAUUCUUAAAUUUGUUUUUGUUUUGUU